UUUUAUUACCAAAAUAUUAUUACUAUUUUUUUUUUCCUUUCUUACAAAAAAAAAAAAUUAAUUAAAUUUUCUUCUUGUUGUUGUUGUUCUUCAAAAGUCUCUUUUUGACCACCACCACCAUUACCUAUACCAUUGAUCUCCUUCCUCUCUUUCUUCUCUUCUUCCUCCUAUCUGCUCCAGUCUUUCCUCUCUCUCAUCAGAUUCCAUGGUUACCCAUUAUUAUUUAUUACAUAUAUCUUAUGAUUUUCUUUCCUAAAACCUCUAAAGCUCAAAACUUUAUAUCUAAUUUUCUUCCUUAGUUUUCCUUUUUUCCAAACAUGGGUGGUUGUAUAUCUGCAACCAGAGUUAGUGGCUCAAAUAGCAACAAUAACACAACCGUGAAUCAAAAUCGUAAAGAGACAACCAAAGCCCAAGCCAGAACCACCACAGCCACCGCCGUACAAGGAGCCACGCGCCACCAUCAGCAACGGACUCAGAACAAGCGGAAUGAGACCCAGAAGAAGAACAAUAGGAAUUCUCACCAUAAUAAUCAUAAUAAUGAUAAUAAUCCUAAAGAUAAACAUGUUACAAGGAGACAAGGGGGUUUGAUUCCUUGUGGGAAGCGUACGGAUUUUGGGUAUGAUAAGAAUUUCGAUGAGCGAUAUACGAUCGGGAAAUUGUUGGGUCAUGGACAAUUUGGGUAUACCUAUGUUGCUACUGAUAAGGCUAAUGGGGAUCGAGUUGCGGUUAAGAGAAUUGAAAAAAACAAGAUGGUUCUUCCUAUUGCUGUUGAGGAUGUUAAACGAGAAGUUAAGAUAUUGCAAGAACUUACAGGCCAUGAAAAUGUGGUUCAAUUUUAUAACGCAUUUGAGGAUGAUUCUUACGUGUAUAUAGUUAUGGAGUUAUGCGAGGGUGGCGAGUUGUUGGAUCGUAUCUUGGCCAAGAAGGAUAGCCGUUAUACUGAGAAGGAUGCGGCAGUAGUUGUCCGACAAAUGCUUAAGGUUGCUGCACAGUGUCAUUUACAUGGUUUAGUACACCGCGACAUGAAACCAGAGAAUUUUCUAUUUAAGUCAAAUCGAGAAGACUCAUCUCUGAAAGCCACAGAUUUUGGUCUGUCAGACUUCAUCAAACCAGAAAAGAAGUUCCAAGAUAUCGUGGGCAGUGCUUACUACGUUGCUCCUGAAGUAUUGAAACGCAAGUCAGGGCCUGAAUCUGAUGUCUGGAGUAUUGGUGUGAUCACCUACAUUUUGCUCUGCGGGAGGCGCCCUUUCUGGGAUAAGACCGAGGAUGGUAUAUUUAAGGAGGUUUUGAGAAAUAAGCCUGAUUUCCGCCGAAAGCCAUGGCCAAGUAUAAGUAGCAGUGCUAAAGAUUUUGUAAAGAAGUUAUUGAUAAAGGAUCCUAGAGCAAGACUAACUGCUGCCCAGGCCCUAUCGCACCCGUGGGUCAGAGAAGGAGGAACUGCAUCAUCAGAGAUACCGAUUGAUAUAUCUGUUCUGAAUAAUAUGCGCCAGUUUGUGAAGUACAGUCGUUUGAAACAGUUUGCUCUAAGGGCAUUGGCUAGCACACUUGAUGAAGAGGAGCUUUCCGACCUCAAAGAUCAAUUUGAUGCAAUCGAUGUUGAUAAAAAUGGUGCUAUUAGUCUUGAAGAAAUGAGACAGGCUCUUGCGAAAGAUCUUCCGUGGAAACUGAAAGACUCGCGUGUCCUGGAGAUACUGCAAGCUAUUGAUAGCAACACAGAUGGGCUUGUGGAUUUUUCCGAAUUUGUUGCCGCCACUCUACAUGUUCAUCAAUUGGAAGAACAUGACUCUGACAAGUGGCAGCAACGUUCACAAGCGGCUUUCCAUAAAUUUGAUAUAGAUAAAGACGGUUUCAUAACUACAGAGGAACUUAGAAUGCACACUGGCUUAAGAGGCUCCAUUGAUCCCCUUCUUGAGGAAGCUGACAUUGACAGAGAUGGGAAGAUAAGCUUAUCCGAAUUUCGCAGACUUCUCAGAACUGCGAGUAUUAGUUCUCGAAAUGUUCCCAGCCCUUCCACUGGUGGUCCUCGGAAUUUUAAAAAGCUGUAGAUUAAAAUUGAGAUUUUUUUUGAAACUUGAAAUGAGAAUGAAUAGUAAAAGAGAUGGGAAGUUAAUUCCUUAUUAUUCCUAGUUUAUCUACUUCUGAAGUCAAGAAAGGCCCUUAUCUUCUUCUUCUUCUUCCAUGGAAACAUUUGUCAAAUGCUAGGAAUUCAAUGAUAGCAAUCUUCUGCAAUCGGUUAUAUAUAGAGCUGGUGUGGAAUGCAGAUGGAUAUUGACAGAAGAUGGCUCCAUGUGUUGUGGUUAUUACUUGUAUACAAUCCUUUUUGGGAGUGUUGGGGUUUUUCUUCUUGUACCUUACAAAUUGUAAUGUGUGACAUAAAUAAAAACAGAAAAUGAGAAAGAGAGAGAGAGAGAGAGAGGAAAAAAAAAUCAAACUGUGAUGGAUUUUGUGGACUGUAUAUAGUUUGUUUCUCACAAUUUUAAUCAAAUGGUCUUCUCAAAUUUUAGUUGACA